UUAUGAGCUUUUUUUAAUUUAUAAUAAUUUAUUUUUGAGUAUGUGUAAAAAUAUUAUUUUGCUUUUGAUUCAGAAUAUAUGAACUUGAACCCUAUCUACCAAUCUCAAAGACCAAAGAUCCAUAUUCUACGUUAAUUCCUGUAUCCGUAUUUCAAUUUGAUUAUGUAUUUUAAGGCCUCGUUUGCCUGUCAAGAUAAAAUUAAACAAUCUAAUGAAAUUCAGCUGUAUCAUUUGAUCUUAAAAGAUAAGGCGUGAUAAUAUAAUAUUAUUUUUUGUCAUUGGAUCUGAAAGAUAAGGCCUGAUAAUAUAAUAUUAUUUGUGCUCAUAUCUCCACCCAAACGAGGCACAAGGCAUAAGGAGACCUGCUUUUCAAAGUCUUUGGUCUCCUCUAUCACUCUAUAAUUUCAUUCCUGCAACUGUUCAAGCAUUGAAAGCUCCGUCCAUGUGUUCGAUAAAAUGCCCCUGAGACCUGAACACUGAACACAGAAAUCUUGCACUAAUCACCGUCUCUACUUUCCGCCGGAAUAUUCCAUCGCUUACAGUGCAACGACACUUGCAUAAAAAAAAUGGAUGAUCCGACCAAUAUAGCACGAUCGGCAGAUGUUGUAGGUUCCAUAGAUGAUCUAUUGAUCCAAAUCUUGUUACACUUACCUGUAAAAUCACUCAUGCGUUUCAAGCUAGUUUCCAAACACUGGAAAUUUCUAAUCACCAGCCGCCGUUUUUCCCUUCUCCGCUAUCCCGCCCCUAAUCCCGCCGUCGGAUUAAUUUAUCUUAGGCCCCAAUCUUCCCACUACGACUACAUCCACGUAGACACAAAAAAUCCAACCAAUCCCCCAUUCAAGAAACUCAGUUUUCCAGGAAACCCUUAUCCAUUCUGGAUUCAUCAUUCCUGUAAUGGAUUGCUUCUCUGCUGCAGCAACGCGAAUUUCGAUAUCAGGUGUUCUGCACGGAGUUCCAAGAAUCGUGCAUGGAUUGAACUUGGCUUACGAUCCUGCCGAGUCUCCCCUCUACAAAGUUGUCUGUGUUAGAGGCUCGGAGUUUGCUCGUGAGCUUUGUCAGAUCGAGAUAUACUCCUCUGUUUCGGGUGCGUGGAGAGUCUCCGGUGAACCCUUCACCGCCACCGCAGAUUUCAAUCACGGGGUGUACUGGAAUGGCUCGAUUCACUGGAUCAGCUACAAAACGAAAGAGAUUCUGUAUUUCGACGUUGAGAAAGAGAAGUUCGGAAAGGUGGGAUUACCUGCUUCUGCCACACUUGGUGAUGAUGUGAGGUAUCGCCAACAUAGAGAGGGGAGGUAUAUCAGUUAUUUCGGCGAGUCUUGUGGUCAUUUGCAUAUUAUUGGCAAUCAUCAAAGUUAUGCUGCGUUUGAUGUUUACGAGAUGAAGGUGGAUUAUUCGGGAUGGUUUGUUGUGUACCAUGCUGAUCUGACAGCUGUCGCUGCUGCUUUUGCUGACAUGUCUUAUUUGGUUCCGUUGAGUAACAGGAUUCACUAUAGUUUCACGGUAUUGUCUCUUGUUAGGAACGAUGACAAAGGUUCGUUCUUGAUUUUGCGGGUUCCUUGUACCACGGUACGAUUCAAUCUUGAUUGCAACACUUAUGAAGAGAUCUGUGAUGUUGGUGGGGUUGCUACGGUUAAUCAUCGGAUACCACUGGCUUUUGAUCACAUUGAAUCCCUUGCAUGUGUUUGAUGUUGUCUUUGUGCUUAUGAUUCUCUGUAAGUGUCCUAAUAUUAGGUUUGGCUUGUAUGAUUAUUAGUGCAGGAAUAUAUAUACUACAAUCAAGAAGUGUGUUGCUACUAAAUCACUUUCUUGCCCUUUCAA